ACUCCGGCGGUCUCCGCAGGGACGAGCUCGGCGUGGGCCUGACGGCGCUGCGGCUGCGACGCCGGGGUGAGGGGACGUCGAGGGCCCCUGGCGCUCGAGGCUUGCGGUCCGGCCACUCGCGUCUACGGAGAGAGAGCUGAUCCAGAAAACAUGGCUACUGCAAUUAGGGAUGUGGGAGUCUGGAGACAGACUAGAACACUUCUGCUGAAAAAUUACUUAAUUAAAUGCAGGACUAAAAAAAGUAGCGUUCAGGAAAUUCUUUUUCCUCUAUUUUUCUUAUUUUGGCUAAUAUUAAUUAGCAUGAUGCAUCCAAAUAAGAAAUAUGAAGAAGUAUCUGAUAUAGAACUUAACCCCAUGGACAAAUCUAGCCUUUCUAACCUUAUUCUUGGAUAUACUCCUGUGGAUAAUAUUACAAGCAGCAUCAUGCAGAGAGUAUCUUCUGAUCAUCUUCCCGAUGUUAUAACGACUGAAGAAUAUGCAAAUGAGAGAGAAAUGCUAGCAUCUAGUCUUUCUAAGUCAAGCAACUUUGUAGGUGUGGUUUUCAGAGACACCAUGUCCUAUGAACUUCGUUUUUUUCCUGAUAUGAUUCCAGUGUCUUCUAUUUAUAUGGAUUCAAGAGCUGGUUGUUCAAAAUCGUGUGAUGCUGCUCAAUACUGGUCCUCAGGGUUCACAGCUUUACAGGCAUCAAUAGAUGCUGCCAUUAUACAGUGGAAGACCAAUGUUUCCCUAUGGAAGGAGCUGGAGUCAACCAAAGCUGUUAUCAUGGGAGAAGCUGCCGUUGUAGAAAUAGACACUUUUCCCCGAGGAGUCAUUUUAAUCUAUCUAGUCAUAGCGUUUUCACCUUUUGGGUACUUUUUGGCAAUUCACAUUGUAGCAGAAAAAGAAAAAAAGCUAAAGGAAUUUUUAAAGAUAAUGGGACUUCAUGACACUGCUUUUUGGCUUUCCUGGGUUCUUCUGUAUACAAGUUUAAUUUUCCUCAUGUCACUUCUUAUGGCAGUCAUUGCUACAGCUUCUUCCUUAUUUCCUCAGAGUAGCAGCCUUGUGAUUUUUCUGCUGUUCUUCUUAUAUGGAUUAUCAUCUGUGUUUUUUGCUUUAAUGCUGACACCUCUUUUUAAAAAGUCGAAACACGUGGGAGUAGCUGAGUUUUUCUUCACUGUGGCGUUUGGAUUUGUUGGCCUUUUGAUAGUCCUCAUGGAAAGCUUCCCCAAAUCUCUAGUGUGGCUCUUCAGUCCUUUCUGUCAGUGUACCUUUCUGAUCGGUAUUGCCCAGGUCAUGCAUCUAGAAGAUUUCAACGAAGGCGCCUUAUUUUCUAACCUGUGUGAAGGCCCCUAUCCUCUCAUCAUUACUGUUAUCAUGCUUGCUCUGGACAGUGUGUUCUAUGUCCUCCUGGCUGUGUAUCUUGAUCAAGUCAUUCCAGGGGAAUUUGGCUUAAGGAGAUCAUCUUUAUACUUUCUAAAACCAUCAUAUUGGUCAAAAACCAAAAGAAAUUAUAAGGAGCUAUCAGAGGGCAACAUUAAUGGGAAUAUUAGUCUUAGUGAAAUUGUUGAGCCUGUUUCUUCAGAAUUCAUAGGAAAAGAAGCUAUAAGAAUAAGUGGUAUUCAGAAGGCCUAUAGAAAAAAAAACGAAAACGUGGAAGCUUUGAGAAAUUUGUCAUUUGACAUAUAUGAAGGUCAAAUUACUGCAUUACUGGGUCAUAGUGGAACAGGAAAAAGUACAUUGAUGAAUAUUCUUUGUGGAUUGUGCCCGCCUUCUGAUGGGUUUGCUUCUAUAUAUGGACACAGAGUCUCUGAAAUAGAUGAAAUGUUUGAAGCAAGAAAAAUGAUUGGCAUUUGUCCACAGUUAGAUAUAAACUUUGAUGUUUUGACAGUAGAAGAAAAUUUAUCAAUUUUGGCUUCAAUCAAAGGAAUCCCAGCCAACAAUAUAAUUCAAGAAGUGCAAAAGGUUUUACUGGAUUUGGAUAUGCAAGCCAUCAAAGAUAACCAGGCAAAAAAACUAAGUGGUGGCCAAAAAAGAAAACUAUCUUUAGGAAUUGCAGUUCUUGGGAAUCCAAAGAUACUAUUGCUAGACGAACCAACAGCGGGGAUGGACCCCUGCUCUCGUCAUAUUGUUUGGAAUCUCCUUAAGUACAGGAAGGCUAACAGAGUGACAGUAUUCAGUACUCAUUUUAUGGAUGAAGCUGACAUUCUUGCUGAUAGGAAAGCUGUCAUAUCACAAGGAAUGCUGAAAUGUGUUGGUUCUUCAAUUUUCCUAAAAAGUAAAUGGGGAAUCGGCUACCGCCUGAGCAUACACAUUGACAGAUACUGCGCCACGGAGUCGCUGUCCUCCCUGGUUAGGCAGCACAUUCCUGCAGCCACUGUGCUGCAGCAGAAUGACCAGCAGCUGGUGUACAGCUUGCCUUUCAAAGACAUGGACAAAUUUUCAGGCUUGUUUUCUGCUCUAGACAUUCAUUCAAAUCUGGGCAUUAUUUCAUAUGGUGUUUCCAUGACGACAUUGGAAGAUGUAUUCUUAAAGCUAGAAGUUGAAGCAGAAAUUGACCAAGCAGAUUAUAGCGUGUUUACACAGCAGCCGCUGGAAGAAGAAAUAGAUUCAAAAUCUUUCGAUGAAAUGGAACAGAGUUUACUUAUUCUUUCUGAAACCAAAGCUUCUCUAGUGAGCACCAUGAGCCUUUGGAAACAGCAAGUGUCUACAAUAGCAAAGUUUCAUGUCCUCACAUUGAAGCGGGAAAGCAAGUCAGUGCGCUCAGUGUUGCUUCUGCUUUUAAUUUUUUUUGCAGUUCAGAUUUUUAUGUUUUUGGUACAUCAUUCUUUUAAAAAUGCUGUGGUUCCCAUCAAACUUGUUCCAGAUUUGUAUUUCCUAAAACCUGGAGAUAAACCUCAUAAAUAUAAAACAAGCCUGCUGCUUCAAAAUUCUACUGACUCAGAUAUCAAUGAUCUUAUUAACUUUUUCACACACCAGAACAUAAUGGUGACAAUGUUUAAUGACAGUGACUAUGUGUCUGCUGCUCCCCAUAGUGCAGCUUUAAAUGUGGUGCUUGCAGAAAAGGACUAUGUUUUUACAGCUGUUUUCAACAGUACUAUGGUUUAUUCUUUACCAGUAAUGAUGAACAUCAUUAGUAACUACUAUCUUUAUCAUUUAAAUGUGACUGAAGCUAUCCAGAUCUGGAGUACCCCAUUCAUUCAAGAAAUUACUGAUAUAGUCUUUAAAGUUGAACUAUAUUUUCAAGCAGCUUUGCUUGGCAUUAUCGUUACUGCAAUGCCACCUUACUUUGCCAUGGAAAAUGCGGAGAAUCAUAAGAUCAAAGCUUAUACUCAACUUAAACUUUCAGGUCUUUUGCCAUCAGCCUAUUGGGUUGGACAAGCUGUUGUGGAUUUUCCCUUUUUCUUUGUUGUUCUGACUUUGAUGCUGGGAAGUUUAUUUGCAUUUCGUCAUGGAUUAUAUUUUUAUCCUGUAAAAUUUCUUGCUGUGGUUUUCUGUCUUAUUGGUUAUGUGCCAUCAGUUAUUCUCUUCACCUAUGUUGCUUCUUUCACCUUUAAGAAAAUUUUAAAUACCAAGGAAUUUUGGUCAUUUAUCUAUUCUGUGACAGCAUUGGUGUGUAUUGCAAUCACUGAAAUAACUUUCAUUUUGGGAUAUUCAGUGUCAACUGUUUUUCAUUACACCUUUUGCAUAGCCAUUCCAAUCUACCCACUCCUGGGCUGCCUAAUCUCUUUCAUAAAGGGUUCUUGGAAGAAUAUAUCAAAAACCGAGGAAACCUACAACCCAUGGGAUAGGCUUUUAGUUGCUGUUAUAAUGCCCUACCUGCACUGUAUACUGUGGAUUUUCCUCUUACAACACUAUGAGAAAAAACAUGGAGGCAGAUCAAUAAGAAAGGAUCCCUUUUUCAGGACCCUCUCACAAAAGUCCAAAAAUAAGAAGUUUCCAGAACCACCAAUCAAUGCGGAUGAAGAUGAAGAUGUCAAAGCUGAAAGACUGAAGGUUAAAGAGCUGAUAAGCUGCCAGUGUUGUGAGGAGAAGCCAGCCAUUAUGGUAUGCAAUUUGCAUAAAGAAUAUGAUGAUAAGAAAGAUUUUCUUCAUUCAAGAAAAACAAAGAAAGUAGCAACAAAAUACAUCUCAUUCUCUGUGAGAAAAGGAGAGAUCUUGGGACUGUUGGGUCCAAAUGGUGCUGGCAAAAGCACAAUCAUUAAUAUUCUGGUUGGGGAUAUUGAACCAACUUCAGGCCAGAUAUUUCUAGGUGAUUAUAUUUCACAUUCAAGUGAAGAUGAUGAAUCCACUAAGUGCAUGGGUUACUGCCCUCAAACAAACCCACUGUGGCCAGAUGUUACUCUGCAAGAGCAUUUUGAAAUUUAUGGAGCUGUGAAAGGAAUGAGUGCAAGCGACAUGAAAGAAGUAAUAAGUCGAAUAACAAAUGCCCUUGAUUUGAAAGAACAUCUUCAGAAAACUAUAAAGAAACUGCCUGCAGGGAUCAAGAGAAAGCUGUGUUUUGCUCUCAGUAUGCUGGGGAACCCACAGGUUACUCUCUUGGACGAGCCGUCCACAGGUAUGGACCCCAGAGCCAAACAGCACAUGUGGAGAGCUAUUCGAACUGCAUUUAAAAACAAAACGCGGGCUGCUCUUCUGACGACUCAUUACAUGGAAGAGGCGGAGGCCGUCUGUGACAGAGUGGCAAUUAUGGUGUCUGGACAGUUAAGAUGUAUUGGAACAGUACAACAUCUAAAGAGUAAGUUUGGCAAAGGCUAUUUUUUGGAAAUUAAAUUAAAAGACUGGAUAGAAAACCUGGAAAUAGACCGCCUUCAAAGAGAAAUUCAAUAUAUUUUCCCAAAUGCAAGCCGCCAAGAGAGCUUUUCUUCUAUUUUGGCCUUUAAGAUUCCUAAAGAAGAUGUUCAGUCCCUCUCGCAAUCCUUUGCUAAGUUGGAAGAAGCAAAGCACACUUUUGCCAUAGAAGAAUAUAGCUUUUCUCAAGCAACACUGGAACAGGUUUUUGUUGAACUUACCAAAGAACAAGAAGAAGAAGAAAAUAGUUGGGGGACUUUGAGCAGCACACUUUGGUGGGAAAGAACACAGGAAGACAGAGUAGUGUUUUGAAUGUUUAUUGUUCACUGCUUACUGACACUGAAUUUAUUUAUUCUUUUAAAACUGAUUUUAAAAGUGUAUUACUUGAAUAGUAGUUGAAGAAACAUGAAAGCACUUGGAAGUUUCUUAAACUCCUUAAUUUAUAUGCUAUUGCUGUUUUGCUUUCCUUCAAAUAAAUUUGUGUGUAAUUGUCAAGCAGCAGCAUGUUUAUGUCUGAAGUAUAUUGAAUGUAGUCAAUAUGCCAUCUUUUCACUUUUCACAAAACUAUUUCUUAGCAGCUUAAAGAAAUUAUGAAAAAAUUAUUCUGAAUAAUAUGUAAGCUUAUAUUAUCUUACAUAAUUUUAUAUUUCUCCAGUGCUAAUUUAGAAAGACUGAUAUGUGACUAAUCAAUAGAAAUGAGAAUUAAGACAAAGAAGAAACUUGGCUUUUCCUUUAAAAUUUAUUUGUAAAAGAAACUCUUGAGGAAGUUGGCAUCUGUAAAAGUUCAGGUAUGAGGAGUACAUCCGCUGGGUGGCAGUCCUUAAUCAUAGUAAAUAAAACAAAGUGAUUUCCAAUAUGGCCAAUUAUAUGUUUCAAGUUACAUUUCUUUUGCCCGCAUUACAAUUCAAUAUGUUUUGGUGAUCGUAAUUCACGAAAAGAUUAUGACUAGAGUCUUAGUGUGUAAUAGUCUGGUUCUCUGAAAUGACGGUGACAGACACCUGCAGAGGGAGGAGAAUUGUCUGUAUCUUCCCCCAGACUCCCGAUGAAGAUUAAAAACAAAAAGCUUGUUGCCUUCCUCACAAGGGGCAUGCUCAAUUUUAUUCUUUAAUAAGAAAUUUAUUGGAUGACCACUUCUAUUGCUAAGUUUUAUUACUUGAUUUUUUCUUAAGUUUUAAGUAAAUCAAUGUAUCAGUGUAUCUAUUUCUUUAAAAAGUCAUCUUCUAAUCACCUUACAACAUGAUAGAAUAUAGUAACUACUUUAGGGAUUAAAUUAAGAUAUAAAAAUCAGAGUUUCACCCUUAUGACAGAUUUUAAAUAUAUGAUACUAUAAUCUUAGAAAUAUUAUAUGACUCAUAUGACAGGUAUGCUAAUAUAAAUGAUGGUAGUUGAUACUACAUUUUAAUCUGUUAAAGUGUUAACUUUGCAAAAGACAAGUAUAUUGUGGUGUGACUUUUGCAUUACAGAGACAUAAAGAACAAUGUCAUAAAGAACAGAGGACUUGCUACUAACUUUAAAUAGUCAAGCUUUCAAUGAAGUUAUUAAUUAUUUUGUGUUGGGAAGACUUAGUGAACUUUUAUCCUGUUGGUUAAUGAAACACCUGUGGUUUUAGGCUAAUUUAAGUGUUCCUUUCUCAGUACAAGGUACAUGGCCAACACUUCCUUCCAUUGCUUUGACAAUUCCUGUCCAUCUUCUCAAAGGUAUCUGGUUAGUCUUAUAUCUCAGAGGUACUCUACUCUAAAUGAGCCAUCCGACAAGUCCGCUUAAAUUUUAUGGCCCAUAGCUAAGUUCUCUUAAGAUUUCGUUGGCAGUAGCUUGCCUCAUGAGACCAAAUUAUAGUUUUAGAUUCUUUAGAAUCUUACAUUUAGCUAAUGAUUACUACAUGACAAAUAUAGUCAAGACAUAUUUAAGAGGAAGUGUUUAUCUUUGCUGAUAAAGUAUAAAUAGCACUUUGUAUUUUCUAAGCAAGUCACUGCUAAAUGGUGCCGUAAAAGAGUUAUCUUUUAGUAUUUAAGUACUUUGGACCUUUCUUUGGGGAUGUGAUUUUUGUAACUCUGUAACCUAGAACAUAUACCCUUAAAACAAACAAACAUAAAAACCAAACAAACUGUAUUUACAGUUUCCUAGGGCAGUUACUGAAAAGGUCAGUUUUUUUUUUUUUUGAAGCAUUUGACCAUUCUAAGAAAGAGUUAUUCCAUAAAGAUGGUGACCCACUGUCACCCGCUUUUCCGUAUAGACGUGUCACCGUCUGUUACCGUGUCUGAAUACGCAAUGAUGUAAAGUACAGUUCUUCUUAGGGGUGGAAGUUGGGAUUCUAUUGUCUAAUCAUUUUCUUGUCUGUUGUGUUCAUCCAGUUAUUUUAUUUUUCUGUACAUAGCACAAAGUUUUGUAAAAUUUUAGAUAAGACCCUUGAAUAGAGCUUUUAGUGUUCACACAUUGGGGAAAUGUGUUUUGGUCAUGAAUUAAGUUUUUCUUUUGGAAGCUUAUAUCCACCCUCCCCUUUAACUUUUUAAAGUAGUAACUGACCCAAGAAGUACAAUUUAAACAAUUUAACAUUUAAACAAUUGUUAAAGCAAGGGUAAAUGAACUGGGACAAAAGUAGACGGAAAGUCACAUAGAAGUUUGUCAUAUUGCAGUGUAUAGUUUGUUUUGUGCAUAUAUUUAUUUUAAAAUACGUUAAAUUAUUGCUCUCAGAACUUCGUUCCACAUCAAUACAAGUAAACAGAUAACUAUAUUUGUUAGGCAAAAGAUGAAUACAAACAGCAGCAUCACCUUCCUGCCUUAUCUUUUCCAUCUGCGAUCAAAUAUUAGAAGUAGAAUCAAGGCGAAGCUCUACUGAGUGGCUGAACGUUGAAGGCGGUGCUGUCUUCAGCGGAGGAACCAGUUGGCGGCAAUGGGAAGCAUUCUCAGUGCUCUCAGUUUACUUUGUGUGGCUUCUUCCCACUCUCACCUUAUUUUUAGUAAAAAGCAGUGGGUUUUUAUUUCAAAAAUUAUUUUAUAUUUAAUUGGCAAAAAAUUAUUUUUAGUCAGUUUUGGAUUUCACCAUUAAAAGAUUUUUUUCCAGUAAUUUAUUUCAGCACACCUUUCAGUGACUGUUUUUAGAAUGAGUUUAGGUAGAAUGAUGAAGUGAUUUUUUUCUCUGUGAGAUCUUGUGUUCUAUUAGAAGAAGGAUAGAUACUUAAAUAAUGGUAAGGAAAUGCUCUGCUGUUAGUACUAAAGUAUCUUCUAGGCGCACAAUUAAUUUUACUAGGGUAGUGUUACUGUUUUCAUGUUUCUUUGUUGGCCACUCAACAUCUCAUUCUGAUUUCGCUUUUUGCUUUUGUUAAAAUGCCAUCAUAUGUUUUCAUGUAUAUAUUAGUAGGCAUUGAUUUUUUUAAGAUAGUGAAAACUUUUUCUUAAUAUAUUUUUAAUACUGUUAACAUUGGUUUUUCCAUCUUUUUCCUUGAAAAUAGCAUAUUACAUAAAAUGAAAAUGUAUUCUCAGGUGAAUUAUUUUUGUAUCAGCUAUUCUUAUAAGGUAAAAAUUUACUUAUUUUCUAUUCAUAAUGUAUUAUAUGUAAGCAAUUCUCAAUGCUGCCCUUUAAAAAUGAAUGUGCUUAUAUUAUUAAUAAUAAACUUUAAGAGCUAAAACUCUAUGACAAACUUUAUUUUCUCUACUGAAAUGGAUUCUUUGUUACUUAGUGUUCAUAAUUAUAUGCGCGACUUAAAUUAACAGUUGAAGCUACACUCUGUAACUAAAAUAGUAUUAUCUCUUAAGGACCUGUAUUAAGUAAGGGAUAAUGAAAUGUUGGCAAGAAUUGUGAUUUAACCAUGUUUGUACUUUAAAGUUAAAUUUAGGUUUUUUUAAUGUUAAAUGUAUUUUAUACAAACAGCAGUUAUUCAUUUAUAGUGAAUACAUAUUUAUCUAUUUCCUUAAAAUUUAAAGUUAAUCUGAUUGUUUUACUUACGCAGCAUUCUUCCCAAAACUCAACAAAUUGAGGGCUUUUUUUUUUAAUGUUAAGAGGUCAAGUUCUGAAGAAUUCAAAACAUCUUAAAACUAGGCUACAUGUGCUUGCUGUUGUAAUUACACAAAUGUGGACUCCUGUGCCCUCGUAGACACACCGAGAGGCAUGUUUCCAUGGUGAUUCUAAAUGCCAUGAGCCUGACAGUCACGGUCUUAUCACAGCUGCUUAUUUAAUUUAAUAACUGGGGUGAUGAAAGGCCCCGUGAUGAGCUAGCAUCAGCAGUUACAGGUGUACCACCUAGCUUUACAGCCGCCACGGCGGCCUUUCUCAAAGUUCAGACUUGUAGUUGCGAGCUAGUACAAUUUAGGUUUCAUGUUUGUACAACUCAAUAUUUUCUACUAAACUAAGAUAAUACAUAAUUUUACUAUUAUAUUUUAUCUAAUAACCACAUAAUAAUAGAGCCUUCUAAGAUCUCUCAGACUCUCUUACCUUUGAUCUUAAAGCCUGGCUGAAAACCCUUCUAACUGAGCUGCAGUUUUACUUUGCUGUUUUAAAAUGAAUAUAUAAUAAUUUUUCCUCUUUAUGAGAUGCAAUAUGAUAAAUUCUUUUCUUUUUUAUGUUUGGGAUUGAGCCAGGAGCUUGUGUAUGGUAAGCAUACAGUCUAUUCCUGAGCUGAGUACCUGCUACUUUGAGUUAGUCUAAAUGUUAUAGACUACGAGGUGUUUUACUAACAGAAUGGCACCAUUAUUGUUUUGGAACAUUGCACCAGCCAUUAUUUAUUAAAAUCUCUUUGACAUACAAUUGUAGGAAAAGGUAUUGAGUGAUAAUUUUCACUGGUUGCUGGAUAGGAAUUUCUUUAAUGCAUUGUACGAGAAGAUGACUCUGGGGCCUCAUGCGUCCUAGGCAAGUGCUCUGCAGAAAAUGGCCACACCAGUGUGAUUAAUAUUGUUUUACAGUAAUAAAUACAUGCUUGAUAUUUGUUUUCUACUGAUUAUAUUUAAAUUCUCACACAUUAAUGUAUAUGAAAUCACAGUUGUAACUGUGUUCAAAAUUAUUUGUCACGUCUUAUAAAUUGGGUGCAAUUUUAUAAGAUAUAUUGUGAUUCUGGAGAACAAAGUAGGUUAUUAAAUUUAAAGCAGGAAUGUAUGCAAUGGGGAUGAUAAAAAUCUGAAUUAUCAAAGUAAUGUCUUGUUUUGUUUUUUUCUUUAUUCGAGACAGGGUUUCUCUGUGUAUCCCUGGCUGGCCUAUGGAACUCGAGCUGUAGACCAGGCUGGCCUUUAACUUAGAGAUCCACCUGCCUCUGCCUCUUGAAUGCUGGGAUUAAUGAAUGGCAUGUGCCACUACCGUUCGGCAAGGUAAUCUAUUUUAUAACUAUUUAUUACGGUAGAUAUUAAAAGUAGGUAUAAGAGGGUUUUUUUUAAAUAUUUAUUUAUUAUGUAUACAAUAUUUUGUCUACAUGUAGUCCUGCAGGCCAGAAGAGGGCACCAGACCUCAUUACAGAUGGUUGUGAGCCACCAUGUGGUAGCUGGGAAUUGAACUCAGGACCUUUGGAAGAGCAGGCAAUGCUCUUAACCACUGAGCCAUCUCUCCAACCACUGAGACAGGGGGGCCGAUCUAUUGGGAGCUCACCAAGGCCAGCUGGACUGCUACUGAAAAAAACAUGGGACAAAACUGGACUCUCUGAAUGUGGUGGACAAUGAGAGCUGACGAGAGGCCAAGGAGAAUGGCACAGGAACUUUCAUCUGGCGAUGGAUCGAGAGAGAGACAGAGACCCAAUUUGGAUCAACCAUCUGAGCUCUUAAGGUCCAAAUGAGGAGCAGAAGGAGGGAGAACAUGAGCAAGGAAAUCAGGACCACGAGGCGUGCACCCACCCACUGUGACAGUGGAACUGAUCUAUUGGGAG